GGGGUUAGAUAAAAGUAAUAGAAUGUACUAUUUAUGAAAACUAAAAAAUGGAACAGUGGAGAUCUUGGCAUUUCUAUGAAACCCUCUCUGACUCUCUCUCACUAGCCUUCAUGCAUGUGUGCCUAUAAAUAAGCUCAAAUCCUAUACCAAACUUCACACAAACAGCAUUUCCUCAACUUUUUCUCCGGCGAUCAAAUGGAGCUCUUCUACGUCUCCCUCCUCUCCGCCUUCGUGGUGGGCGUCUCCCUCUCCCUCCACUUCCUCUUCUUCAAGGACAAACCUGCAGCCGCCGGGCUCCCCCCCGGCCGCACCGGGUGGCCCGUGGUGGGCGAGAGCCUCGAGUUCCUCUCCACGGGCUGGAAGGGCCACCCGGAGAAGUUCAUCUUCGACCGCAUCGCCCGCUACUCCUCCUCCGUCUUCCGCACCCACCUCCUGGGCGAACGCGCCGCCGUCUUCUGCGGCGCCGCGGGCAACAAGUUCCUCUUCUCGAACGAGAACAAGCUGGUGCGCGCGUGGUGGCCGGCCUCGGUCGACAAGGUGUUCCCCUCCUCGUCGGCGUCGUCGUCCUCGCAGGAGGAGGCCAUCAAGAUGCGGCGGAUGCUCCCCAACUUCUUCAAGCCGGAGGCCCUGCAGCGCUACGUGGGGAUCAUGGACCACAUCGCGCAGCGCCACUUCGCCGACAGCUGGGACGGCAACAAGGAAGUCGUCGUCUUCCCGCUCACCAAGAACUACACCUUCUGGCUGGCCUGCAGGCUGUUCGUGAGCGUCGAGGAUCCCGCCCACGUCGAGAAGUUCUCCGAGCCCUUCAGCCAGCUGGCGUCGGGGCUCAUCUCCAUCCCCGUCGAUCUGCCCGGCACGCCCUUCAACAAGGCCAUCAAGGCCUCCAACUUUAUCAGGAAGGAGCUCGUCGCCAUCAUCAAGCAGCGCAAACUCGACCUCGCCGACGGCACCGCCUCCCCCACGCAGGAUAUCCUCUCCCACAUGCUGCUCACCAGCGACGAGACUGGCAAAUUCAUGCACGAGCUCGACAUCGCCGAUAAGAUUCUAGGGUUGCUCAUUGGGGGCCACGACACAGCUAGCUCUGCAUGCGCCUUCGUUGUUAAGUAUCUCGCUGAGCUGCCUCACAUUUAUCAAGGAGUCUACAAGGAACAAACGGAAAUUGCGAAUUCGAAGAAGGAAGGAGAAUUGCUGAAUUGGGAAGAUAUCCAAAAAAUGAAAUAUUCAUGGAAUGUAGCAUGUGAGGUUUUAAGACUUGCGCCGCCUCUUCAGGGCGCUUUCAGAGAAGCCCUAUCAGAUUUCAUGUAUAACGGCUUCACUAUCCCCAAGGGCUGGAAGAUCUAUUGGAGCGCAAACUCAACCCACAUAAAUCCGGACGUCUUCCCGGACCCUAAGAAGUUCGACCCGUCAAGAUUCGAGGGAACGGGCCCCGCCCCGUACACGUUCGUCCCGUUCGGGGGCGGGCCGAGGAUGUGCCCCGGCAAAGAGUACGCCCGAUUGGAGAUCUUGGUGUUCAUGCACCACCUAGUGAGGAGAUUCCGGUGGGAGAAAAUCAUUCCCGAUGAGAAAAUCGUUGUAAAUCCGAUGCCCAUUCCGGCCAAGGGAUUGCCUGUUCGUCUUUACCCUCACAAAGAUUGAAUCUUCACCUAUUAAUUAGCUUGUAUGAUCUCUUGUAUUAAUUUGUUAAUGUUUUGUUCUAAGAAUGAUCACAUCAGGGCAUGUGCUUUCUUUUAUAUGUUUUCUUCAAAUGUCUAAUAAACCAAUUUAAGAAAGUGAUUUAUACUCUA